AUGGCGCCUGCAUCUGCUCUUCAUCGUCACCAAUCAUCUCUCGAAAGCAUCAUUGAUUUCUCUGCACAGCCUCCCUUAGGACCUGGUCUACGCCUCUCAGCCAGCCGUCGAUUCUACCAGAUAGUCAACCAUUUCGAUGCUUCUGGCAGCGGCAACAACGGUGAAUACGACCGUAUAAAACUUGUCCGCCUCACCUACGAAUAUGCGCGAUCUGAAGAAUCCAAGGGCAACUUCCUGAGUGCGUUCUUCCAGUCCGCGGCUCUUCCCAUGGAUGGGGAGGAGGCCAUCGAUUUGGGCGAUGCAGACCUGGAGGCCAAGCUCCGCACUUCCCUGUUCAACUUCGCCGAGUAUCUGACCCUUCCAAGGAAGCUGCACUAG